UGGAGGCGGGGCGGGCAGGCUGGAAGCUAGUCCUGGCCCCAAGUGGACCCCCCUUUCGGCCGUGCUGCCGGCGGGGGCCAGCCGCCGCCGCCCCCAGCCCGCGACCCCGCGGCGCAGCCCAGGCGGCGGAGAGGCUGUCCUCGCUGAGAAGGGCUGGGAGGGCGCGGGCGGCGAGCGGGCGGCCCGCGAGCGGCCUUCACGCCGUCCCUUUCGCCGCCGCCUUCUGCUCGCCUCUCGCCGCCGUGCAUUUCUUCCUUUUCCUUUGUCUCUUCCCCCCUGGCGGGUGUGAGGAUUGUUGGUGAACAAAAGUGCAGCCUCAAGAUGGCUGAUGGCAACGAGGAUCUGCGGGCGGACGACUUGCCGGGGCCAGCCUACGAGGGCUAUGAGUCCAUGGAGCUCGCCUGCCCGGCCGAGCGCAGCGGCCACGUAGCGGUGGGCGACGGGCGCCACAUGUUCGUCUGGGGCGGCUACAAGAGUAAUCAAGUCAGAGGAUUAUAUGACUUUUAUCUGCCUAGAGAAGAACUGUGGAUCUACAACAUGGAGACUGGAAGAUGGAAAAAAAUUAACACGGAAGGAGAUGUUCCUCCUUCCAUGUCAGGAAGCUGUGCUGUGUGUGUAGACAGGGUGCUCUACUUGUUUGGAGGACACCAUUCAAGAGGCAAUACAAAUAAGUUCUACAUGCUGGAUUCAAGGUCUACUGACAGAGUAUUACAGUGGGAAAGGAUUGAUUGCCAAGGAAUUCCUCCAUCAUCAAAGGACAAACUUGGUGUCUGGGUAUAUAAAAACAAGUUGAUAUUUUUUGGAGGUUAUGGAUAUUUACCUGAAGAUAAAGUAUUGGGAACUUUUGAAUUUGAUGAAACAUCUUUUUGGAAUUCAAGCCACCCAAGAGGAUGGAAUGAUCAUGUACAUAUUUUAGACACUGAAACAUUUAUCUGGAGUCAGCCUAUCACUACUGGUAAAGCACCUUCACCUCGUGCUGCCCACGCCUGUGCAACUGUUGGAAACAAAGGCUUUGUGUUUGGAGGCAGAUAUCGAGAUGCUAGAAUGAAUGAUCUUCACUAUCUUAAUCUGGACACAUGGGAGUGGAAUGAAUUAAUUCCACAAGGCAUAUGCCCAGUUGGCCGAUCUUGGCACUCACUAACACCAGUUUCUUCAGACCAUCUCUUUCUCUUCGGAGGAUUUACCACUGAUAAACAGCCGCUAAGUGAUGCCUGGACUUACUGCAUCAGUAAAAAUGAAUGGAUACAGUUUAAUCAUCCCUAUACUGAAAAACCAAGAAUUACCAGGCCUGAUACUCUGCGUAUCUCAGGCAGAUCCAACAUCCAGGUCGACUGGCCCUGCCAUGAAAAGAAGAAGAUCAAGAGGGCAUAUACCACAUCUCCCAUAAGAUUAUGGCAUACAGCUUGUGCCAGUGACGAAGGAGAAGUAAUUGUGUUUGGUGGGUGCGCCAAUAACCUCCUUGUCCAUCACAGAGCUGCACACAGUAAUGAAAUACUUAUAUUUUCAGUUCAACCAAAAUCUCUUGUAAGGCUAAGCUUAGAAGCAGUCAUUUGCUUUAAAGAAAUGUUAGCCAACUCGUGGAACUGCCUUCCAAAACACUUACUUCACAGUGUUAAUCAGAGGUUUGGUAGUAACAACACUUCUGGAUCUUAAGGCUUCAUAGAUAAUGCCUCUGAUCACCUUGCAUGGACAGCAAUUCUGUAAACAUCAGAGAGUGGCGUCGUUUGUACAAUUAUAUGCAUUGUUGUAGUUUGCAGCUUUUUGGUUUUAAUGUGCAUGUGAAUGGCCUAGAGAACCUAUUUUUGUGUCUAAAGUUUACAAUAAAUGUAUUUAACACCA